AUGGCUAAGGCUGUAGUUAGCAAUUCUGACGUUGAUCUAAAAACAUUUACGGAUUGUAUGUAUUUUAUAAAUGGUCACUGUAAAUUAAAUGAUAAAUGCCGUUAUCGCCAUUGUCAAGAAGCUACUGCACAAACGAACAAUUGUUUUAAAUGGCCAAAAGUAUGUCGCGAUACUAAAUGUCCUUAUCGACAUCCUGCAACACCUAAACAAAUAGAAAAGAAAAAAAAACCAAUACCCACACCUCCAAUUAUUAAUCCCAUUCCAUUACAAACACCACCAAUAGUAUCACGACGAGAUGGUCUAAUAAGUUUUUUCUGGGAUAUUGAAAAUGUUCCUAUACCAAAAGCACAUAAACCUUUUGAUAUUGUUCAACGUAUUCGACAAAAAUUAGUUAUUGAAGCUGGUUUAAGAGAAUAUAGUUUUUCAUGUUAUUGUAAUACAACAACAAUAUCACAAGAGAAUCAACUUAGUUUAUUUCAUGCUAAUGUUCGUAUUGUUCAUGUACCCGAUCGUAAACCAGGUGCAGUUGAUCGUCAAAUAAUGCUUGAAUUAGAUCGUUUUGAACGUGCUCAUCAUCCUCCGGCAACAAUUGUACUUAUUUCUGGUGAUAUUGAUUUUGCUGGAAAAUUAAGUGAUCUUCGGCAUCAAGCUGGAUUUCAUGUUAUUGUUAUUCAUAAUAAACCAGCAAAAGAAGAAUUAAAAGCAACAGUAAAUGCACAUUUUCCGUGGGAAUCAUUUACACAACAAGCAGUCAAUGGAGCUAUUAGUAGUUCAGAAAUAUUAACAAAUGAAAUAAGAUCACGAAUACCACAACCAUAUCGAAUGAAUAAUCAAAAUAAUAGUGGUCAUCUACGUCAAAUAGAUCCAUCACCAAUUCGUUCAAACCCACCUCCUAAAUCAUCUCGAUCAAGUAUAUCAAAAAAAAAAACCCAUCAAUGUCCAAAAUGUAAAAGUGAAUUUGAAUCUAUUCAAGCUUUAAGACAACAUCAAGAAGCUAAAGAUCAUUUAUUUGAUUGUCCAAUAUGUGAUGAAAGUUUUCCAACACUUGAAGGACUAAUUCAACAUCAAGAAGCUAAAGAUCAUUUAUUUGAUUGUCCAAUAUGUGACGAAAGUUUUCGAACACUUGAAGGACUAGUUCAACAUAAAAAAGCUAAAGGUCAUCAUGAAGCAGAAUAUAAAUGUGGACAAUGUAAUCGUUGCUUUGCUAAAAUUGAAAGUUUAAAUCAACAUCAACAAGCUACUAAUCAUAAUGGAUUGUCAGGCGCAGCAUCAUUGAAUAUUAAUGGUUUUGUACAUGGUGCAACACCUCCAUCAACAUUACCUAACAAUAAUCAAGUUAAAAAUGAUGUUGUUCAAGAUGUAUCAAUGAUUAUUAUUCAAAAAGGUAUUGAUGCUCUUAUUCAAUAUUAUCCAAAAAUAUUUCCACCAAAUAAAUAA